GGGGCUCUCCAGGAGGAUGGUACCAGCAGACCCCCAGGAGAUUCUAACAAGAUAGAACCAUCUCUUCGUAGCCUCCAGAAGUUUGUUCCCACCGAUUACGCCAGCUACACGCAGGAGCACUACGUGUUCGCUGGCACAGAGAUCGUCAUCCAAGAAUCCAUAGAGAGCUACGGAGCCGUGGUGUGGCCAGGGGCUACGGCUUUGUGCCAGUAUUUGGAGGAACAUACAGAGGAACUGAAUCUCGGAGAUGCGAAGAUUCUCGAGAUUGGUGCUGGACCAGGCCUCGUCUCCACUGUGGCCAGUAUUUUAGGAGCUCAAGUCACAGCAACGGAUUUGCCUGAUGUCCUAGGAAACCUGCAAUACAAUCUUCUGAAGAACACGUCAAAGCGUGCAGCGCACCUGCCAGAAGUGAGAGAGCUCGUCUGGGGAGAGAGCCUGGAGCAGCACUUCCCCAGGUCCACGUUUUACUACGACUAUGUUCUGGCCUCGGACGUGGUCUACCACCACUACUUCCUGGACAAGCUGCUCGCCACCAUGGCGUACCUUUGUCAGCCAGGGACAGUACUGCUUUGGGCAAACAAAUUCAGGUUCAGCACCGAUUAUGAAUUCCUAGAUAAAUUCAAGCAAGUUUUUGACACAACACUCUUGGCUGAGUUUCCAGAGUCGUCAGUCAAAAUUUUCAAAGGAAUAUUAAAAUGGGAUUAAAUUAAACAGAGUGCCUUUCGAAACAUCAGUGUGUCUUUUGAGCAGUGUUAGAAAUCAUACUGUUAACAAAGGACUUUU